AUGGCGACGAGGGUCAACGAAGUUCAGGAGUCGGAGAUUUCGAGCAUGGAGGACGGCGGAGCCACCUCUGCCGAGCACACCUCCGGCGGCUUCAUUGGCUGCUGUCGUCGCCGCUGGUCGUCGCCACCGGGCAAAAGGUUCUUGAUAGCGGAGGUGAUCGGCACAUACUUCGUCGUCUUCGCCGGCUGUGGCUCCGUCGCCGUGAACAAGAUCUACGGGCAAGUGACGUUCCCGGGGAUAUGCGUGACGUGGGGGCUCGUCGUCAUGGUCAUGAUCUACACGGUCGGGCACAUCUCCGGCGCCCACUUCAACCCAGCCGUCACCAUCACCCUCGCCGCGUUCCGGCGGUUUCCGUUUUGGGAGGUUCCACUGUACAUAGCAGCUCAGCUCACGGGAUCGAUACUCGCGAGCGCCACGCUCGCCGGAAUCUUGGAGGUGACUCCUAACGCCUUCUUCGGGACGGUACCGGCUGGAUCCAGCGGCCAAUCCCUAAUGGUCGAGAUCAUCAUCACCUUCCUCUUGAUGUUCGUCAUCUCCGGCGUCACGACCGACAAUAGAGCGAGAGGAGAACUUGGAGGAAUCGCCGUAGGGAUGACAAUAAUGCUGAAUGUCUUCGUCGGUGGACAGGUAUCGGGAGCUUCGAUGAAUCCGGUGAGGAGCCUCGGACCGGCCAUCGUGAAGCACACAUACACGGGGAUCUGGGUGUACGUGGUCGGGCCGAUCGUAGGAGCCCUGGCCGGGGCGUUCGCGUACAAUCUAAUCCGGUUCACGGACAAGCCGCUCCGGGACAUCGCCAAGAGCAACGCCCUCCUCCGGACCAUCUCCAUGAGCAACACCAGCCCAUGAGAAGAUCGGGAAGAGCAUGCAAGCCAAGCGAUCCGGUCCCGUGCCCUCCGCUUCAUUAGCUUGUUUCAUAUUCGUCUCGUUAUUUUCUCUUAGAACACGAACUGAGAAGUUAAACUUUUUAGGUGACUUUAGU